GGUGGCGCCAGCUGCGAGGUGAUGUAGUGUGCGUGUGUUUCGUGCGUGCGAUGUGCAUUGCGUAGCGAACGCACGUAAAACUGCUGGAUCUGCGGCUUCUCCUCGCACCACUUUUUGCGCGAUUUACUUUCUUCCCCUCUCAAAAUGUUGGGUGCUCGAAACGCUUCCUCGUUGGCCACGCACGGGGUAUCCCAGCUCUAUCAGCAUGUCGAAAGCCGAGAGCCAAAGUGAACAACACACUCCUAGGUUUCUGACACCACCUUCAACGCCGAAGAGGGUUAUUGCAUACCAAGAAAAGCUAAAGCAAACCUUCAACCCAAGCUUGUUCCUGCAAAAUUUCAACUUUUCAAUACCGUUUCGAAGAAAACCGAAACCAAAGCCGAGUGAAGAUACUACAGUCUUUCCUACUCCUUACAAGACACUUUACCACCCAAGAGUUGCGAGGCACCAGCCAUUCCGCAGGUCCGAGUUCAUCGAACUUGCCAACUUUGGAGUGGUUGAAAUUGAUCCAACAGAGAGUGGUGUGGGCCACGACUUUGAGCCAGUGGUGUUCAAGAAUCCGACUUGGUGCGACUUAUGUGGUGACUUUGUGUGGGGAGCCUGCAGUUUACAGCAAGGACUUCAGUGUCAAAACUGCAAUUUUACUUGCCACCUAAGGUGUCGAAGCUUCGUUGCAUUGGAUUGUAAAGGCCACGGGGAAAUGGAGACCACCGACCUAAGCGGCCAGAAGCAGGACGAGCAAAAAGAGGGAAAUGGUCGUAUAUCACCAUUGUUUCUUGAGGACCUCCCUAAAGAUGAGCUCAUGUCACGAAUUGAGUCCUACAAUCUGCAGGAACCCGGGCUUGACAUGGUUUUGCAAGAAGACGGGUCUGUACGAGGUUUUGUGAGGGUACGCAUGAACCUGAUGCGUCCCAUCAACGUUGUAGCAGGAACAAGACCUCCGUCCAUUUACAACAUCCUUAAGGAUGAUGACAGUGGUCGAAAGACGCUUACCUCCUUCUACCUGCCCAGGGACACUAUAAAGGCUCUUCACAUUACCAGUGAAUAUACUGUGCGAGAGCUGAUAGUGGCCCUUCUAAAGAAGUUCAAAGUAGCAGACAAUCCCCGGAAGUUUGCGCUUUAUGAAAGUCAAGUCGACGAAAGCACCGGUGAAGUCAAACUUAGGAAACUUCAGGAUACAGAUAAACCUCUUUGGCUUGCAUUGGACUGGAAUAGUCGGUCUAGGCAGUUUGUUCUUCAGGAAAAUGACAAUAGUGAUAUAGAGUGGGAGGACUUUGCAAUACCGGAGCUGCAGAACUUUCUGAAGAUCCUGGAGCUCGAAGAGGAAGAGUACCUGACCCAGCUGAAGCUGAAGUAUGACCUCGUGCGCUCCAAAAUUCAAGAGGCAAUGGACUCAUUUCCAAAGCCUGAAACUGAAGUUCUUGACACCCAAGGUGCUGAGGCCCACGGGCCUGAGUACACAGAAAACACUCCAAGCUCUUGAUUUUGGCAUUUGAGCUAGAAUGUUAAAGUGUUGGGCAUGUCUGAUGCAGAAAAGGUGCAGGUGCUACAGGCAGUGGUGCGCCGAGCUGCACCCACUCAGUGCCAGGUUCAAGGGUUCACUGCACUGUGGUUACUGCAGCUUACCAUGCACCCUCGUGCAGUCGAGGACGGGGCCGCAGUUGGCACCACCGUAUCUUGUAUAAUCGAUGGCCUAGGUGCAGUGUACCGUGCAUGAAUAAGUGCAGAGAAACCUGUUUGAUUUGAAUAGACCUGUUAUAAGUAUUGUUGCCCGCUGUCGCCAACCGCUACCAGCAGGUUGCCAGCUGUGUUUAUUUAUAAUCCUUAAAUCUCCAAGGUUUGGCAAUACAUUUAGGGAGAAGGAAUAAGUAAAAGCAAGUAAGCUUUGCAGUUUGUAGGACACCCAUAUAACAAUGCUUGCUUUCACAAGUUUCCAAGGUCGUAGUUAGCGUGCUGAAUGUUGCAGUUUCAGCAAAAGCAAAAAGGUGCGUCUUAGAAUGGUGCGCAAUAUUUUCCUGGGCUAAUAUACCUAUCACAGUCCUCUCAUGAGCCUUCCUGGAAUAUCAUCAGCCUUUUUGUGGCAGCAAAAAGUUGCCCCUAUCCACAUAUCAAUGUGGCCGGCAGCUUAAGUAAUUUCAACAAACACGACGGCAGGCAUCAACAGCAGGCUAUAGUCGGUGAAAAAAUUAGAAUACAGUGAUAAAUACACCUCUUUCGAAAUUGAAGUUAAUUUAUAUAGGUGUGCAAACUAGUCACAUUUUCUAGUUUCCAUGAUGUUGCCAUGGAGGCGAACUUUCAACAUGAGUGUCUCUUGGGACCUAUGUUUUGGUGCCUGGAGACACAGGGUGCAGAUGUAGUGCAGUUUUCUGGGAGUACUGAAUUCUUAAGUUGUCACCAAGCUUAGUAAUGCCACAGUGCUCUUUCUUGCAAACGUGCAGGAGGUCUCCAGCUUCUCAUUGGUAGUGUCAGUUCUUGUCAUCUGAUUUUAUUAUUGCAGUCUUGAGAGGACCAACAAGUGACCAAAUGCCUUAAGUAUAGUGGAUGAAAUUAAGGAAGGAUGUGCAUUUGCAUUGGCUUAAAUCCAGCACAACUUAUGUUGGCAAACCAAAAAUGGUUUCAAAUUGAAGAAGGCUGCAUAGAACUGAGAACAUUGGUACCUAAUAGAAGAGUAGGCACUAGCACUGCAUGUCCACAUACCUUUUUGAAUGCCUUAUCUAGGUUAGGUGCAUCACAGCUUGGUCCAUGAAGCUUUCUUCAAUGUUUUCGGUAUUGCUAGCACCCAUUUAAACACAUUUCCUGUCAUUAAUGACUUUAACAUUGACAUGGGGGCACUUCCAUCAUGUAACAGGUGUGCGGCCUCUGAGUGAUCUGGCAUGACGUGGAUAUUGUGCAGUGUUGCAAGCCUCAGAAGUGAUGUGUCUUACAUGGUUUCUGUGCUCAUUCAGUUGGAGGUUUCAAUUGCUUUUAAUUCCUAACUAUCAGUGUGUUCAGCAUUAUGCCAAUACAAAUACAAAAGAAAACUUUGCAUGCCAAACAUAAUGCCCCCUUACUGUACCUUCAUCAUAAUAGCUAUGUGUGAUUAGAUUGCUUUGGCUAUAUGCUUUCUGUUGCUGGGAAAAAAAUAUGGGUUAAUUUUUAUUUGUCAGCUUUUAAGUGUUUAGUUGGCUGUGGUUCCACUGUGAAAUCUUCUAAUAUGGGCAUUGCUGUCCAUAUGCAGCAUUGUGGUGUAGCUUAUUUACUAUCAGCACAAAUUCAAACAUGUCCAGGCCAGACACAAAUAGAUAGUGUUGUUUAAUUUCCAGGUUCACCAGCAUUUGUAGACUUGGAGCUAUCUGUUCCUGCCAAUUUCAUGAAGGCAGUUUAUGGCAAAAGCCAAACUAUGAGCAAGUCAGAUCCCUCUGAUACCUUUUAAUAUAUAUAUAUAUGCAGUUAGGUAACCAACAUAUUGGGUUAGGCUUAGAAGCAGAGGCACAGCUGUUCACACGUGUACAGUUGGCAUCAAGAGUUUAUGAACCAUGGGACCUGAGAAAAAAAACUACAAAUUUCCGAAGGGCAUGUGACCUUAGCCAAUAAAACCAUACAGUGCUAAAUUGUUUGCAUACGAUACAGUUGGGAAAUCCGAAUGCCAGGCUGCGUGAUCAGGCUCAGAGAUAUUAAGGUCUUUCUCAGAUCCCGUGGUCUGCCAACUUUUGACACCAACUGUAAAGAAAGGAUGGCGCGAACCAUUUCCUAGCUCAUAACUGCUGUUGCUGUAAGAAGUAGGCGACCUUGUUGCUAAUUGUUUGUUUGUACUACUGGGCACACACUGCGUCAAAAAUUUAACCCUUACCUUGUCUUAUGUGUGGCAUACAACAGCUGAGUGAGUGAAUAUACAUGUUUUUUGUAUAGGAGAGCAGUGGCACAUGUUACUAGCACAAAGUCGCUGUGAGCUACUGAAGGAGAAUUCGCGAUAAAUGAAGUUAAGGUACCAAUUCAAUAUUUUCUAGAAUUUAUAUUUCCACAGAAGUUACACAAGAGACGAUGUCCUAUGGUUAUUGCUCGAGGACUCAUCAAUGAGGUGUCAUUACAUCAUCAAAUGUGGUAUUUGGGGCAGACUGAUGUCCUUUGAAGAAAAAAAGGUGUUAAAGUGAAUUCUUUGUUAAGAUGAACCAUUCAGACAUCUUUGUAUAGCUUUCAUUAUAUUCAGUGCACUUCACCUAAGUUGAACUUCUGGAAUGAGUAACAGAUUAUUAGAGGUUCCUUCAUGUCCACCUCAAGAGGGUCUACUGGAUUAACUAGAUGCUUGAAGCAUUCUUACAUGUCUCCAGUGGGGAUAUGACAUCCAGCAUGCGUGAGAUUAUUAUUCUCUUGCUGCAGAUUCUUCACUAUGUCAUUUAAUGCUCAGCACUGUACCAUCCCUGUAGACUGUACAUUUGCCAACUUAUUUUUAUGAAAGAUUCACUAUGUUUGAUGUGCUAGCAUUAGCAGCACUUCAUUUUUCUAUAGUCAUAGAAGACUUUUGAGAGAGUUUUAAUGCCUUACUAAUGCAUUACCAUUAGCAUUACCAUCUCUGCUACAUGUUGUCUUUGUUCAUGCUACCUAAGCUGCACCAGCUGCAUGCGUAGUGCGGGUUAACUGAGGCGUGCAAAGCUGGCAGGUGACCAAAGUAGCAUUCGCAACAAUAGGAAUGGUAGCGCAUGCUAAAACUCCCUUUUGGUAUCGUAUUGAUGCCCAAAUGUUGCUAUAGCACCUGUAAAAAAAUUUCACUUUAUUCUUUGACUUGUUUAGUAUCUACAGCAGCCACUUUGGAGACAUUACAUCACUAUGUCUCUGCUGCAUUAUGUUGAGUGAUGUUUCAUAUAGCAGAACAUAUUAACUUGGCAAUCAGGUUCUCUGAUUUGCAUUGAAAAGAUUUAUUUAUUUGGUGCUGGAGCAUGUUGCUGGGCCAUAGCAUCGGAAUUGUGCUGAGCUGUAUCCUGAAACGGAGCUGUAGACCUGAUGUUGACUACUGGAUCUGAUAUUCUGGGCUGUGCUAUGGAGAAUUCACUUUCAGCAAUACCUAUACCUUUUGCAUAACGUAUGUUGUAUUCCAUUUUGGGAUAUGUCCUGAUAGUGGAUUACUGACCUAGUAGUGAUCCCUCAAACUGAUUACUGGGCUGUAUUCUGCAACAGUUGCAUUCAGCAAUACUUUUAACUUUGCAUAACAUGAAAUCUGGCAUGACUCGCCUUAGGUCGAGCUGCUCUUGACACAAUGACAUUUCUCUUUCUUAUUCUAUCAAUCUGUCUGUGAACUUUAGAGAAUUGGGAUGAGAAAUCAAUACUGACGCUUUCCUGGUCUGGAAAUUAUUUUAUCGCAUAUUCCCCUUCUACUUUUUCUGAACUCCCACUAGACGGAAAUGUGGUGCUAGUUUUUGCAGAGUGUUCCAGAGAGAGGUUUCAUCUUGCACGGGAAUAAUGAAAAGUGCAGUUGUUGGGCGCAGCUUGAAUGCAUAAUAACUACGGCUUCAUAGCAAUCUGUUCUUGUGACAAAACAAUGAUGACAUACGCAAAAAAAUUGUGUGCUUGCUAUGAAGAACUUAUCGCUAUAAGUGUAGGGUACAGCAUAAGGCACUGCGUACUUCAUAGUGUUGAGGUCUUUUGCUUGUCAAAGCUACUUUCUUACACUAAGGGUUUAGCCAGUGGUGGUGAGUAUUGAUGACAGUACCGCCAUGCCAGUGUGAGACUGUUGUGUGAAGCAGUUUACGAAGAAAAGAAAAAAACUUUAGAGCACUAUAUAGCUGUCAAGUGACAAAGCAGCGCCAAAACUACCAAGCUGCAACAAUGUGGGAAGCGUAUAGUUCAGAAGGGAGCAUGCCAUCAGGCCAGAAGAUUGAAUCUUUGGAAUGAGCUAUUCACAAGUCUACAGAUUGCUAAAGUUAGUUAUGUGCUAUCAUGGAGAAAGGAAGCGCAAGCAGGAAAAUCGAAGUUACAAUAAAAUUGGGUGAGUCAUGCUUGAGAGAGGGAACAUCUUAGGGUGCUCCAUUAAAACAUUGAUGUGCAAUAAACUGUUCUGAAACAGAAGACAACAUUGCCAUUAUAUAAAAUUUUGGUAAUGAAAUUACCCCAUAGAUUUUGUGAGUCUUUCAGUUUUCAGUCUUUCAAAAGUUCUGUUUGCAUAUCAUCAUUCCUGUAAUGUUGGAGUGAUUGCAGUGCCGUACAUCUCUGUUAGGUUCUUAUGGAACUCGGUGCCCUGAAGUAACCAUCUGAGAAUGGUUCUAGUCUUUAAAUGGGUCAGGUACCACUUUCUGAUGUCAGUUAGCGAAAACAUGCGAUACUGUAAUGGCCUCACUGCUCAAAACCUAGAUACUGUCUUCUUAAUAUUCAUUGUAUAGACUCUAAUGACUCAAAGUGCCAUUGCCAUACAUAAAUGUGAAGCUUUGUGGCAAACUUGGGGUGCACUUACUAAAUGUUCCCUGUAGACUGGUGUGUCGCAAUGACACUUGGCUGUUUUGCUGCUUUAGACAAACUGCAGGAGAAUUUUGGUUGUGGGUAUUGUGUGAUUGGAUGUUGUGGAGGAAUAAGGUAGACUAUAUAUUGCUGCUGGCAUUGAGAUGUAGCUAAACGUGAUCAAGAUUUUGGUGCACUAUUCUAAAACCAGUUUUUAUGCUGUUCGACACAGCAUCUGCUCACUUGCAAUUGUUGACAUUUAACAAUCUUUUCCAGCAUAGUCGACUUUCAUUCAUUUGACCUCACACAGGAUCGGUUUUCAUUAAUUUCCAGCAUGUUAAACUAUGUCGAAAGCUGAGUGUGCUUUCCUAAGGUGAAUAAGAAUGCAAACUUUAUACACUGAGUGGCAUAUAACUUUCAAACAGGUCAGCAGUUAUCAUUGGAGAUGUAUCACUGAGGAUGUAUUCUUGGCCAACCACUUUUUUGGGAUACUGCCAUCUUUGCAGGAUUCAAUAUGCAUUGCAAUGCCUUGUCGAAGCAGUGGGCAUCCUGUCUGUCAGCUUAUUCUGAAAAGUGCACGCUCAGUUACACUCUUUAAAAAAAUUUACACCCUUUUGGGCUUAUGUUGUCCCACAACAAUAAUGUCAUCUGUCAUGUCCACAUUUCCUUUCUUUAACGCUAGGAGCCCAGUACUUCCAAGUCACGAAGGCAUGUGUGUCAUCAGCAUGACAUAGCAUUCUCAACAGGAAAGUAGCGAGUAUGGUGUUUUCAAGAAAGGAAACACAAGCAAGGCAGAGGACGAUUAUUGUUGUGGGACAAAUAUACACCCCAAAGGGCACAACUUUUUAGAGAGCGUAUGUCUGUGAAAGUGAUUGACCAAGAAAGGUAUUGACUGAGGUUUAUGGCAAAACACUCAAACCACCAUCAAUAUGAGUACCAUCAUACAUGUCAUGUGCUUUCACAGCUCUGUACAAUGUUGUUAACGCAAGAAACCUGCUUUAACGGUAACCCAUAGAAAUUAACUGGUUUUGCACAGUGUUGGCACUUGCAAGAAUGUAGAAGUGUGCAAAGCAUGAAAGUGUGAUUUUCGUCAACUUCAUACUAGGGCUUUCUUUUUUUUUUGAUGAAAGCUGAAAAUCUGACAAUAAGUAUUGAGGACUGCUGGCCAAUCACUUCCAAAGUGCAAAUAGUGCUGCAUGACACAGAUUUUCUUCCUUUUUUUUUUGCAGUUAGAGAGUGCUAAAUAUGUUGCAGUACACAUUAGUCUUCCAAGCCAUUUCCACAGCACAUCACCUGCAAACAUGGAUACUGGCCACCAUCGGAAAGUUUUUCCAGUGAAUAAGCUUUGUUAGAUGCAUAUUUUGAACGUGGUUUGGAUAAUACAAACCGAUUUGGCCUGUCCUGCUGUGGUCAAAUUAAUGAAAGUUGACCGUAACAUUUCUGCCUCAUGUUGUUGCUAGCAUUACAUGGUUUUUAUACCUCUGCUUUCCUAUUCAUUUAUUUAUCAUGAUAUGCCAUGUGAUGGCUGUGUAUAGGGAACGUGUUAUUGUUGAAUACAGAGUGAAAUUGCUUGGGAGAAAGUUUAAUUUGAAGCUGCCUCCAAUCUUGGUGCACAUAUACAUGAGGAAAGCUGAAAUGUUCCCUUUGUGUAAUUCCUGGAGUGAUCUAAAUGAAACUGGAUAUACUUAAAAGAAACAUAAUUCUAGUGAAUACAAUUCACUUUCCUUACUUUUUGUUGAAUAUGGUUGCACAUACACUCUCUGAGGAAUUGUGAUAUCUAGGUUUUUCUUCUUCUUUUUUUUUUUGUUGUAAUAUACCUUACAAGGCACAUGGGGCAUUGAGUACGGGGGGGCACAGAAUCAAGUAAGCACAUACAAUCUAGUAACAAUAUGAACGUAAAGAAAAAAACUACACCAUCCGAGUGCACAGCCUAACAAUUAGGGAAACGUAUUACCUACAUACAGCUGUGUAUGAGUACAAUAAAAAGGAACUUUAUAAGUUUAUAACAAGCGUAUUGCAGUGCAAAUAAAAAGUUGGAAAAAUAAAACCAUACAGUGAGUAUGAUAGCAGUGGUCAACAAGGGCUAAGCGAGUUGAGUGAGUGCUUGAAUUUUUCACGGUCAGUUUCCGCAUCUUUAUGUUAUCAGGGAGGCUGUUCCAGAGACAAAUGGCAUGCGGUUAUAGCAUGCAGUUUUGUUAUAUAGUGUACUUUAAUGUAUAUCUUUUUUUCAUUUCCUAUAUUAUUGCCAAUUUUCAUUUAAAAAAAACCAAACCUCGUGAAUAAAGUAAAAUGUCUGCUUACAAGAUUCACUACAAUAUCAGUCUUUCCACAAAAUGCAACAGCGGUUGCUGACGAGAGCAUUUCAGCUUUUCAGAUGUGUGUUGCUGGUUGCGAGCUAAAGCCUUUUCUUAAAUGAAAUUUGCGAAGCGAUUUGGAGUCCUUUGUACACACAGCUCAGUGGACUUGUUGAAAGUUCGCUUAUUGGUUUGAUUGAUAGUUGGCUUCCUGGGCAUGUGCUGGUUAUGUAUUCCUUUGUUCCCCCCUUUUUUUUCUGUUCUAGUCAGGAUGCUGCAUUUUGUAUUUACCAUUUCAUGACUGCUGUUCAUGUGUGAUGUUGCUCACGAAGUUGUUUUAUCCCUGUGAUUUGGAGUUGUGUUGAUCAUUUGUCUACCCUGAAGGUGGUGUAUAGGAAAUGCUGUUACUGUUAACUGGUGUGCUUUGUGUGUGUGUCACAGGCAAUGUAGGACACUGCUAGCCUGUGCCAGUUAUUUUUGUGAUGCAAAAUUGACCUUUGUUAAUGGAUUAUUGUGUAGGAUGUUUCUUGCGUGACACUGACAUUUACUCCUUUGGAGGAGUAAAAAUUUUUCGCGUGACGGAACACUAGAAAAGUUGAAUGUUAUAUGACCCUUCAGUUGUUAUUCUGAAAGGGACAAGAAAAUAAAGUACCCCCCCCCCCUUCCCGCGCCCUUUCCUUAGUUGGGAUUUAUUUAUAGAACCAAGCAAUAAACAUACAAAACCUCUGCA